AUGCAGUAUUUAUAUAACAAAAAAGUGCCAAAAAAUACGACGCCAAACGUGGUUUCAAGCAUCAUGGCCUUGAGAGGGGUGCUGAAAGUUACUACUGCCGCCUUGAGACUUGGAAGUCGCCACCUGAAGGAUGUUUCAUAUAAGACGAGGAGUUACAGUUCGGACGCCUUGGGAAGCAUGGAAACCCUAGCCCUCAGAGAUGUCUACAAGAACAAAUUUCUGCCCCGGACAUAUAUGGACACAUAUGGUCGUUUACAAGGAAUGAUUGACACUUUGUACAUAGAAAAAGUUCAUCGCAUACUUCAAAGGGCUCAAGGUGAGAGUCUGCUGGACUUGGGCAGCGGCCCGGUGAUCUUGAAUGCACUCUUGGCCUCCAGUCGAUUCAAGCAUAUUGUGCUGAGCGACUUAGUCGAAGACAACAGGCUUGAGCUUAACAAGUGGCUCAAGAAGGACGAAGAUGCCAUCGACUGGACCUUCCGUGCUGAGAUGGUUGCUGCAUUGGAAGGUUAUGGCGACGUCAAAAAGGGAGCGCUGGAAAUACUUGAGCGCACGCGCUCGGCCAUCCAUAAAGUGGUUCCCUGCGAUGUCCUCAAGCCCGGAGUGCUCCCUGAGGAACACAGGGAAACCUUCGACGUCAUUGUUUCCUCGGGAUGCCUGGAAUCGGCCACGGCAGACCACGAAUCUUUCCGCAAAGUGGUCUGCAACGUGGGAACACUGGCGAAACCCGGCGGCCUUCUUAUCCUUGUGGGCGCGGGACGAGUAAAGAGCUAUCCCGUGGGAACAGUGAACUUUGUCCACGCGAAUGUCACAGAAGAUGUGCUGAAGGAAGCCGUUACAGACGCCGGCUUUGAGAUGAAGGUGUUCCUUUCCAAAGGAUUUGAAAAGGUUCUGGAAACUACUGAUGAAUUCCUUUUUGUUCUUGCGGCCCGUAAAGUAUGA